AUGGGUGAUCAACAAUUUUUCCUGAAAUGGAAUGACUUCCAGACGAAUAUGGUUACAUCGUUUAGGCAUUUGAGAGAUGAGAAGAGCUUUACAGACGUGACGUUAGCGUGUGAAGGCCAGACGUGUAAGGCACAUAAAAUGGUCCUGUCUGCGUGUAGUCCAUACUUCAAAAGCUUAUUAGAGGAGAAUCCAUCAAAGCACCCGAUAAUAAUCCUGAAGGAUGUGUCGUACCUCCACCUGCAAGCUAUACUGGAGUUCAUGUACGCCGGGGAAGUCAAUGUUUCCCAAGAACAGCUGCCCGCUUUCCUCAAGACAGCCGCUCGGCUUAAGGUGAAAGGCCUCGCCGAACCUCCACCACAGAUGCCAAGCAUCAAGCGGGAAGGCUAG